AUGGCCAACGAGUGUUACAAAUGUCACCAGGAGGGACACUUCGCCCGCGACUGUCCCAACUCUGAUGGUCAGGAUCGUCCAGCCCGUUCUGGAGGAGGUAAUUUCGUUAUAUAUUUUUUGUUUUUAGGCUUGGUUUAUUUACAAAGUUCGUACAAGAUUGGUAGUGAAGAUUAUUUUUAAAUUAUUAUGUUUGUAUCUUAUUGUUUUGUCUAUAGAUUGCUACAACUGCGGCCAAAGCGGACACAUGAGCCGCGACUGUACCGAACCUCGCCGUCAGUCCAACGGAGGUGGACGUCAAGGUGGUGGCUCCAAGUGCUACAACUGCGGAGGAUACGGCCACUUCGCUCGCGAGUGCCAAGAUGCUCAAAGUAAGUUUUUCCGUCACUAACUAAAAAGUUAAAAAGUAAAUUAUAUAAUUGAUGUAUUUCGCUUUUUUUAUAUAUUUUAGUAACUGUUACAUAAAGUAAUUGAAGUCUUUGCAACUUAUUUCACUGUUUUUUAGGCGGUGGUAACCAGGGUGGACGUCAAGGUGGUGGCUCCAAGUGCUACAACUGUGGAGGUUUCGGCCACUUCUCUCGUGAAUGCCCAGACGCUCAAGCCGGCCGCCGUUGCUACAAUUGCCAGGAAUCCGGUCAUAUCUCUCGUGACUGUCCCAGUGUUCGCGCUUAA